GGGGGUGGUAGUAGCAGCAGCAGCAGCAGCAGCAGCAGCAGCACUGGCGUGUUCAGUGUUGACUUGGCUGUGUGAGGGAGAGCACGCGCCGCUCCUACCUCCACCGUCGCGAUAGUUCGACGUUGAGCCAACCGCGUUUAGUCGCCCGCCCAGCAGCGCCGGUCGGCCCAGUCUCCGCCACCACUGGCCUGCCUGAGUGUCGUUGUGACUUCCCAUGAGGUCACAUGUGCUCUAGUUUUGCCACCAGCCCGUCGGUGACACCUCCGCAGCCGUGACCUGUGUGAGGCGCCGUCCUGUGCUCCUCGCGGGGCGUCCUGUCUGUGCGGCACACCUGUGAGAUAUACCUGUGCGCCGUGCCCACCCCCCUUCCCCCUGGCACGCGGGAAGUGAGUGACGAGCGGGAGAGUCGCCGGACACGUGACUGGGGGAGUAGUAGCCAUGCUGACUGGCGGCGGCGGCGUCAUCGUGAGGUUGGAGGUUCGCAGGAAUUUGAGGCGUGGACCAAGUGACGUCACCAACUAAAGGGAGUGUAACCUACCGCACUCAGGCGCGCCUCACUACUCCUGAAUAUAAAACAAACAAAAACCAUUAACACGCCCUCGCCUCGUGUUGACGUGCGUGAGAGAGCGAGAGGGAAAGGCAGCGAGGAGAAAGAGACUCGUGCCAGAAUCACGGCCGUGGAAGACACCCAUAACUAACGUAGACAGCACCACCACCAUCGCCGCCACCACCACCCUCACCACCACCACGGCAACCAGCAUUCAGUGUCACCAGGACCAUCACCAUCACCACUACUGCUGAUCUGUAUCAAGGCGACGCUCUAAGUAUCACUAUUCACGCCACCAUCGCUGCCACCUCCAGGAGAACGUCACCACAAACACCACAGAAGAUACCACAGUGUCCUUACACCACCACCACCACCACUACCAACAACAACAACAACAACAACAACAACCGUCACCAUGAACAAUUACCACCAGCAAAUUCCAGGAAUCAGUAUGCAUAAGGGAUACGCCUUCGUUCAGUUCACCAACCCAUUCGAUGCCCGCUCAGCCUGCAUGGGCGAAGAUGGGCGCGGGGUGUUUGGCCAGAUUCUGGCCCGAGAUGACGUCAAACACCGCUUCUCCCGCCGCUGCCAGCCUGCAAUAAAUACCAUAUUGCAAAAUGUCAACCUGGUGGCCGAACCCAAGCCACACCAGAUCGGCCGCAAACGUCCCAAUGUGGCCAAGACAAGCGGGGACUGGGAGCAGUUCUACGACAGUUACAAUGCUGGGGGAGCCAUGGGGGCAUGCGGGCCACGCCUGACGCCCCCCCUAAAGCGCCCCCGCCUGGUGGUGCCAAGCAUGAGACAACAGCCCCGGGCACAGUCGCCGAAGAAGGUUGCAGCCCCGGGACUCGAGGAUCUGAAGACCUACAGAAAUAAUCACCUUACCUCCUUUGCCUCACACGCUGGAGGUAGCCCAGACAUCCUUAUUUGUGGGAACUGCCGCGAGCUCUUCUCCAACCUCAGUGAUUUCAUUGACCACCGAAGGACCUACUGCAAGCUGCGGUUCACCUGCAAAUGUUCCUCACACAACGGUAUAUUACGUACAGAAGAGAGUGCCCUACUUCUCUGUGCACUCUGCAAGGAGAACUUUGCCUCUGCCUGGGAUCUGAUGGUGCACGCUCAGGCAGCUCAUAUGGUCAACAUUUACCAGCUGGGCUCCAAGGAUGCUUCCCAGGAUGGCAGUUCAAGCAUUGCUGCUGAGGACAGUGCAGCUGGCAAUGACCUUACAACAGAUGCCACCAGUGAAAGUAAUGGGGGUGAGGCGAGUGGUGAGGCGUCAGCUGGAAUCAAGGAGGAGGAAGAAGGCCUCUCCACACUGCCCAAAGAGAAUGGCGUUGGAGGGGAGGAGGAGGGUGAGGGAAGCAGUGAGAUGAUGAAUUCUUCCCCAAUCCUUCCUCAGUCUGAGAUGGAUCAGGGAGAGGGGGAGAGAGAGACGGGAAUGGUGCAGUGAACCCCUGACCCACAACCCCUCUCCCAGCACCAGCUCCCCACCACCACACCCCACCACACCUUACUACCAUAUCCUUCUCCCAUCCUCACAACCUCACCACAACAUCCCCCACAUUUGCCUCUCACCUCUCAGCGAUUCUUUGCUCCUCAUCUCCCAACCACUCCCAUUUCCCAGCCCUGGCUACCCAUCCACACUCACCCAUGCCCACUCCCACCACAGAUGUCAGGAGAACCUUGGGUGUGGUGGUGACUCUCUCCCUCUGCCCCCCCAGAACAAAACUGACACACAUCUCGAGCCUUGUGGAUUGAUGAGACACAUUCGCCGAAGAAGAAGCAAUAGUUCGCCUCUUUCACACCUUUGUGGACUCCACCUCUGACUCUGUUGGUCUGUGUACUACUUACUCCCCGACAUAGACUCUUUUUUUAUUCUCUGUGCUGUAGUUCCAUGUAAUCAAAGUGUUUUUCCAUUCUACAUUGUCACUCCUUCAGAGGAAAACGAAAAUAACAAUGAAUAGGUUUAGGGUGUUUGAAGGGCAUCAGUGUGUCUGGCAGGGGAUGAACAGAUGGCCUCACCACCAACAACCAGGAGCAUUAUAACAACCACCACCAUCACAGCCACUGCUAUCAUCAUGAGGCAUUAUCUUCCCAUCUUUCACCGGACAUAUCUGUAGUUACCAGUCAACACAAAACAAAAUGCAUAUCUCACCAAACUAUCAUGCACUGGAUGCAGUGGCAUAUACAUAACCUGGAAUGACUUUGAGGUUUAACCUUUCACUGGUAUGUGAAUUGGAUAUAAGGUCACUUGAAAUAUUAAGCAAUUAUCUUCUCUGCCCCUGGAAAUACUCAAGCUGAAAUAAAUACUGCUUGUAGCCAACACAAUAUAGGAAAAUCAUGCAGAUGUAACAGUUGGUGACAGUAUACCAAGACAUCCCAAAGCAUUAAUCUCAGAGGCAAUUGUAACCAGAUAAGGAGCAUCAUGCAGCUGGUGGCGAGGCAAUGCUCCCCCCUAGAGUAGCUGUCAUAGGUAGUGUCAAGGCAGCCUCAAACCCCAGUAGCAGUGACCAUUGUGCCCUAAGGUAGCAAGGGGCGUCAUGCUGUAGUUUCAGUGGGAUGUCAUUCAUAGCUAGUGGUGAGGCCUUGCACCCUGGGAUGGUGAGGUAUGUUGCCCUGGUUAUGGUGUGGUCUAGUCUGUUACUCUAGUCUUUAGAAUUAUCUAUUAAACAUAAGUUAGAUAAGCAGUGCAUAACAGUGGGCAGUUUUGUGGUCACUUUGUCAUUUCCACGACGACUCUUCCUAUAGCGACAAACAGGUACUGAGAUAUGGUAAGGUUUAUGUAUUUUUCUAUAGCAUCAGUGCAAAUGUAACUCAUUUAGAACACUUGGAAGACAUUUAGUCAAGUUUUUUUUUUGCUGUAUUUUUUACGUGUAAUAUUUACAACCUUUGUUUCUUAGUGACAAUAUUUGUUGCGGCUACAGGCCGCUGAACCACCAUGGUAGCCACCAGAUGCGAGCAAUCAUUCAAAUGCUGUGAUGUGAACUUUAGGGUAAAUUUUGUCACUUGGAACCACUAGUAAAUGAUAAAAUAGAAUAGCUUCUUUUCAUAUGAAUCUUUACAAAGAUUCUCUUGUAAAUCAAAGUUUAAAAAAAGACAUGUUACAGUAGAGCUCUGUUUCGUACGUUUCCUUAAAGCAUCAACGAAGACCCUAGCCCGGACUCACCCGAGGACCUCUGGCGGCGAGGCUACGAGUUCGGUGGUGACAUCAUGUCUGUAAACAAUGGAAAGAUUCUAGUGCCUCUUCCACCAAACCCAGAAAGAAUCUAAUCAGUUUCAUUCAUGUGACAUCGUAUUUGGCCUGCACUGGUCCCCUCCCUCACCUGGCAGGCAGUGUGAGGCAAGCAGGGGAGGACCCACUGGAGGAUCUGCCGGUGGUUGCUCACCCUCAGGGUGCAUAGCGCAACUCCACUAGACUCUCCUCGGGAGCAAAUUGACAAUCGGAUCCCGUGCAAGUAGUGCUGGACACAUGUGAGAAGUGUGGGGACUUCCUUGUAGUUUUUGUUCACUCAGCUUUGUGCAGAGUCAGUUCAGAAAUACAUAUCAGGGUCAAGUGUUGGGCGGUAAAUAUUUUGUGUAAAGAGGGAAGAACUCUUGCUGGAAAAUAUCAGUGCUGGCCACAGUGCCACACCAGAUCCACAGAGUGUAGGGAGGGUGUCUCUGUGCCAAAGGUAAGCUAGAUGUGCUUAAGGAGCAUAGCGGUAAGAUAUAAACGUGUGGUCCCCGUAGGAGUAACCAUGACUAAAAAAUACUGAAAUGUAGAAAUCUGUAGUAAUUUAGGUGACCCUUGAUGUCCUCUCCUGCAGCAAAGGUCAUGCAGGCGAGCAAGAGUUCGCUAAUAGGAAGACAUAAUUGUCUUGUCAUUGGACACUAUCCUCGCAGCCGUUCAUGACUUCUUGCUGGAUGCCUCUCCCCCUCCCCCACCGCUCAAGUGCUCACAGUCUCGUAAUGUUUUGUCAGACUUCAGGCCAUGUGGAGGCCUAUGCAUGUUGAGGACUGAAGAUGAUGUAAUAAAGAUCGCCGAAGAUUGCCUUCGUUUUGUGUACAAAUCUCUCAAGUGAUCUGUGAAGACAUGGCUUUGUUGGUUGUUUAAAGGAUAACUUUAGAAAUUAGGUACAUAUCAUUACUCAUGUCUUUGUCUUAGAGGUGAACCUGAUCUGCUGCCGACUGCGUGAGCGCCGGCCGCCGUGCAUCACCUGGGUCUGUGCAGCUAAUUAGGUUGCGCUUAGCUGUAGCAUCUAUGUUGAUUUGGAAUUCGGAUUGAACAACUUCAAAUGUGAGUGUUAAGGCAUAAUGACAAUAACUCCAUGGGGUAUCGGUAGUUCUCCAGUACGAGGUAGUUCUGAUAUGACUAUCUAAAUGGUGCACAAUUAGCGAACCUUUGUAAAUGGUGAACUGACCAGUGUCUCAGCAGUCUUGACGAUCCUGAGUCUUAGAGAAACUUUUCAUACAAAGUUGAACGUCGUUAAUGCGUUCAGACUUUUUCAUAUAGACUUAGAAAUAUAUGAUCGAAAUUUGUUUUUACCUCUUUGUCUGUGGUGGAGCCUCUGGCACCUCCCUCAAGCAGGAACCGGCUGCCCCACACACACUGUCGUCUCGUGCCCGCUAGGACGACCAACGUAGGACAACUCAGUCUUUCUCUUAGUGAUCCCGGUAGUCACUGUAUGUUGCAGCGGCAACAACAGCUGAUAUCCUCUCUCAGGGCCGUUCUUCUUUUUCCUUUUCUUCAUUUUUGUUUCGCGAAUACCUGUCAGAAACAUGCACAACCAAAACUGUUUCAAGUAUGCAAAAAACUAGUUCAGUGCUAUAAAUGCUUGUAGGCAGAUAUACACACAAGGUCAUAUAUUGUGUAUAAUAUACUAAAGUGUUACUUACUGUUAGGAACAAAUAACUACUAAAUAUACUGACUAUAAAAUGUACUUACUCCUGAACACCCCUAACUUCACAUUCACAUCAUUCCAUAGUAGAAUAAAAGCCUUCAUUCAUGACAGGUGAAUAUUCAAACAAAUUUCAAUUGCCUUGAAGCGUCAGUUUGUGACCUGCAGUUCACGAAACAAACAAAAAAAAGGAGAAUGGCCUGUUAGUUUUAGUAUUAUACUCAACAUGUAAAGAAAAUGACCACAAGGCGGGCAACAAGAACCCUGGAUGGGAUGGGGCGAGAUAGGGCACUCAAACCCCUCACCCCAAUUCAGAGGUAAAUUCUGAAGUCACUGCCACCUGGCCUGGCCAUUGAGGCCCAGGUUGGUGCGCAGACAGAUGCCCUCUGGAGCCCCUUGGGGAAAGCUAUGCUAUGACUUCAUAUAAUUGUCCAUCAGUAUGGAAUUACUGAGGUCAACCUAAACUUCCUCCCUCAUCUUAUUAAUUUUUUCCCAUAACUUCCUUCCAUGCUCCUCUCUGCCCCACACUCCUUUCUGCCAAGCUCUCACUUUUUAUAAUGUAGCUUUUGGUGUCUUACAAAUUACUCUGUAUUAUACACAAAAUACAAUAUUUUAAAUUAACUACAUAAAAUUCAGGGAGAUGGCACAUCUACAGAAUGGAGCAAAAAAAAAGGUGAGUAUAUUUCUGAUCAGUAUUUUCCUCUAUGGAGAGAAAGUUUAAGGUUAGGAUGGCACUCUCCUCAGAGGCUCAAGAUCAGGGAGGCUUCAGUCUGCCACAUCGACCAUUUCUCUCCGGGUCAUGUGCCUUCCCUCGCCCCCUACCACUACCCUAGGGAAGAUAAGGCUCGUCAUGUAUUAUCAAUGGAUGCAUGAAUAAAAAGAGGUGACUCUAAAAGCUAUGCCUUAGCUUAAAUGAAUGAUAUAAAGGAGGCUUUUAAUUUUCACAUAUUUCUUUUGUUGCUUAAGGAUUAUAUACUUUGACAAAUUUGUAUGUCAUUGACAUUUGUUCACUCACUGUAACUAUUAUUGUGUAUGAUAAACUACACACCUGUUUUCUUUAUUUCAGAUAGUAGUUGUGCCAUCAACAAAAAUAUAACAAAAACUAGUUGAAGAGAUCUUUCAAGUCAAAAUUCAGUUUUAGUAUUUGUCAAGCAGGUUGCAUCUGGUUGUGCAAAAAGAAUUUAGUAUCUUUUUUUCUGUUGUUGACAGUAAUGGUUCCAGUUUUGUAUUCAAUGACAAGUUUAUAUAUUUGCCGUUAAUAAUAAUAAUAAUAAUAAUAACAAUAAUAAUAAUAAUAAUAAUAUUAAUAAUAAUAAUAAUCUUAACAGUAAUAAUACCCAAUAAUGAUGACAAUGACAAUGACUCACUCUCAUGACCUAGACGCAGCUGCAACUCAUGGUUUCCCUGCCCAUAUUAUAUCCACUGCACCUUUACAUAGCAACAUUUUACAUAACACACACACAAACACACACACGCACAGUUCAUUUGGUCAUGAGUGGUCUCUAGAAAAUAAACAGCAGAUGAAAGGAUAUUGGUAAAGUUAACUUGGUCUGAUGACAUCAUUAAAGGCCUGUUGUCUAGCGGUGGUCAUAUUUACAUACAGUAUCGUGUUAAGUGUAUGUUACUUUAAUGAAUGUUUUGUAACAGUUGGGAAGUAAACAUUGUUACCAGCAA